AUGAACGCGACAGACCGAUCGCCACUCUUCGUUGUCGAAGAGGUUCUCUGUACCUACCCUAUUAGCACGAGCUAUGACUCGUGUCCACGAUACCUCUUCUACGCUUUGCUCCUGGCAGUAUGUGUCACCCGCUGGACCGGCUGGCUGGCGGAUGUUUUUCUCGGUGCAGCAGCUACAUAUGCCGGGACAGCUGCGAUUCAAGCGUUCAUUCUGGUCUCCAGUUCUGCAAACCAUCGCGCCCCAGAAAAGGUCUCUAUCCCCUGGAUUCCGGACAAUACCAGCUUGUGGGAUGACUUUCCCGCCCUGGUCACUGACACCAACGAAAUUGAUAUCAGCCCUGCAGCCAUAGAGCUCGACGCAGACGCCGUGCUUUCUAUCGUAGUGACUGCAUAUCUCGUGUUCUUACCGCUGCAAUGCUGGUCCCGCAUAUUUGCUAAAGAACGGAUCAGCUCCAUUAUAUUCACGCUCUGGAACAUUCUUAUGUUCGCGGGAUCGAUAUGCUCCUUGGUCUACUGGCCCAGGCUUAAGAAGACCCCAAUUCAAUACGGCUUCUGCUUGCCACAGCUACCUCCGAUAACACCUAUAUCAAGCGAUGGUUGGGAAUCAUGGCAGUUUACAUCAUCAUGGAAUAAUAGUGUAUGGGACAUCUUCAGCAAUGACACCUUGCUGCUUCAGUUGAAUGAUGUUUGCUUCUAUCCGUGUUUCAACACCACCCAGGUGCUACGUCAGCAAACCUCUUUACAGGCUUCUGUAGCAGCGGGAGACAAUCGAUUUACGAGGCGUCAUAAAUUCUGGGGCAAAGUCAUUUACUCCCAGCGGUACAUCUAUAGUCUGGUCGCUCUCAGCAUGGUGCUGAAUGUUCUGUUGAUGCUGGUCAGGGUAUUGCCGUACCAUUCUCGGGUCCCUUCAUCGCGAGUAUGGGAGAUCUGGAAGGAGAGAAAGAACAUCAUCAGGGGCUUGAAAGAUGACUUUUACGCCGCCAUUCAUACAUCAAGAGAUAGCCGAGAAAGCAUGGCGGAGAAGACACGGACGAAAUUCCCAUUUUGGAAACGGGUAUCGCGAUUUUUCACCCUACGUGUGAUAGGCUUGUGGGCCAAGGUAGCCUUUGAUGUCAUCAUUAUCUGCGCAGUACUAUUCAGCAUUGUGAUCAGUCCACUCACCGUUAUUGCGUUCGUGUGUUGGAUUGAAUACUAUAUCUAUCACGAUGGGCCGUCCCAGGAGACACCACAGCAGGUUGGCCAGUGGUCACCUCUGGUGUCCAUUGCGCUGUUGAGUAUCUCUGCUGGAAUCUACAAAUUGAAGUACUGGGUGGCUCCUCGUCACGAAAUCGAGCAUGAUAUCGAAGAGCUGAAAAAGGAAAUCGAACGUCUGGAGACUCUGAGGGAUGAGAAGUCUUAA